CGGAACACACUCAAUGAGUUCACAACGUAAUUGUGAAAUAUUUUUGCUGUAAAAUUGACCAAAAUUUUUGGUGCAUGUGAAAAUUCCAGACUUGGCAAAAAUGUGGCAAGGAAUUGCUAUUAUUUGCUGCAUGUGGAGUGCAUUUUUGGUGCACAAGAGUCUGCAGCAACAAAUCAACAUUGGCGCUUUUUUCUACGACAAUGAACUGGAGUUGGAAAAAGAAUUCAUGGAUGUUGUGACUGCCAUUAAUGGACUCGAAUCUGAGGCAACUUUCGCAUUUACUCCACUGAUUAAACGUCUGAAACCCGAAGAUAAUAGCGUUAUUCUACAGGAACACGCUUGCGAUCUCAUAGAUAAUGGUGUCGCAGUUAUUUUUGGACCAAGUUCAAAGGCGGCAAGCGAUAUUGUUGCCCUGGUCUGCAAUAAUACUGGCAUACCACACAUAGAGUUUGAUGUCGCUGAUGAGGAGCACUUGGAGGAGAAGCCCAAUCACCAGAUGACCCUUAACCUCUAUCCCUCUCAGCUGAUAUUAUCCAAGGCCUACGCGGAUAUUGUACAGAAUCUGGGAUGGCGCAAGUUCACAGUAGUCUAUGAUUCCGAGGAUACCAAGGCCACAGCUCGACUGCAGGAUAUCCUGCAAAUGAGGGAGUUGCAUAAUGAUAUGGUUCGAGUCCGCAAGUUCAAGAGGGACGACGACUUUCGGGUGAUGUGGAAGAGCAUCAAGGACGAGCGUCGUAUUGUCCUCGACUGUUCACCCGAUUUACUCGUCGAUCUCCUCAACACAUCCUCCGAGUUUAAUUUGACGAAGCAGUUUAAUAAUAUUUUACUGACCAACUUGGAGACAUAUAAUGAUAAUCUGCAGGAUCUGACGGCUGAUAAUGAAACGUUUGCGGUGAAUAUAACCGCAACACGUCUCCUGCUCAAUCCCGAUCCUCAAGCAUAUCUGCAUCAAUACGGCUAUGUGACCCAGCAGGAUAACGUUGUCUUCGAGAGCAACGAGCCCAGUCGGACUUUACUCCACGACCUGCUGCACGAUGGCCUCCAAUUGUUUGCCCAAGCCUGGCGGAAUGCCACGUACUUCUAUCCGGAUCGUAUGUCUGUGCCGCGCAUGAAUUGCGACUUUGCCGCCACGGGGGGUCGCACCUGGCAAAUGGGCCGCUAUCUGACACACCUAAUGAAGGGGACUUCCGGCAUGAAUGGCACGAACUUUCGCACCAGCAAUUUGCAAUUUGACGAGGAUGGACAGCGCAUUAACUUCAAUAUUGAGAUUUAUGAUCCAGCCGACAACAUUGGCACUGCCAUCUGGGACACCAGGGGACAAAUUACGCAUUUGAAUUCGAAAGCCAAGGUCCACAAGAAGAUUGUCUACCGCGUCGCCACACGCAUUGGUCUCCCUUAUUUCGAUUACAAGAAAGAUGCCGUCGAGCUUAAUCUGACGGGGAAUGACAUGUACGAGGGCUACGCUGUCGACCUAAUCGAUGCCAUUGCCCAGGAGGUCGGAUUCGACUACGUCUUUGUCCCGGUGGCGGAUCAAGAGUAUGGCAAACAGGACAAGAUCACCAAGCAGUGGAACGGCAUCAUCGGUGAAAUCAUCAACAAUGAUGCACACAUGGGUAUUUGUGACCUGACCAUCACGCAGGCUCGUCGCACAGCUGUGGACUUUACGGUGCCCUUUAUGCAGCUGGGUGUGAGCAUCUUGGCAUUCAAGAGUUCACACAAGGUGAAGGAGUUGGAUGCCUUUUUGGCGCCUUUUGGUGGCGAGGUGUGGCUCUGGAUUCUCAUUGCGGUAUUUGCCAUGUCCUUUCUGAAGGUGAUCAUAGCGCGGAUUGCUAAGGCGGAGUGGGAUAAUCCGCAUCCUUGCAAUCGCGAUCCGGAUGCAUUAGAAAAUUUAUGGCAUUUGCAUAACACUUUCUGGCUGACCGUGGCCUCCAUUAUGACGGCAGGUUGUGACAUUCUGCCCAAGAGUCCGCAGGUGCGUCUGUCCGAGGCGACUUGGUGGAUAUUCGCCAUUAUUAUAGCCAACUCGUACACUGCCAAUUUGGCUGCGUUUUUGACCAGUUCCAAGAUGGAGGGCAGCGUGACAAGUCUCAAGGAUCUCAGCGGUCAAACGAAAAUCAAAUUCGGCACCAUCAAUGGUGGCAGCACCUACAAUCUGCUAUCCGAGUCCAAUGAGACCGUCUAUCGCCUGGCCUUCAAUCUGAUGAACCGCGAUGAUCCGUCGCCCUACACAAAGAACAAUGACGAGGGCGUUGAACGUGUCACCAGCAGUGCUGGUGAAUAUAUGUUCCUCAUGGAGACAACCACACUGGAAUACCAUCGUGUGAGGAACUGCAAUCUGCGUUCGGUUGGAGAGAAGUUCGGAGAGAAGCAUUAUGCAAUUGCCGUUCCCUUUGGCGCCGAGUAUCGCUCCAACUUGAGUGUCGCCAUUCUCCGACUGAGCGAACGUGGAGAGCUCUACAAUUUAAAGCAAAAGUGGUGGAAUCGCAACAGCUCCAACUGCUUUGAGGAGCCCGAUCCCAAUGCCACGCCCGACCUGAAUUUCGAGCAACUGCGUGGCAUCUUCUACACUCUCUAUGUGGGCAUCCUGAUUGCCUUCAUCAUUGGCAUCGUAGAGUUCCUGCUCUACGUUCAGCAAGUGGCACUCGAGGAGCAUCUCACCUUUAAGCUGGCCUUCAUUAGGGAAAUCAAAUUUGUGCUACGCAUUUGGAACAACAAGAAGCCAAUUACGAGUCCCACUCCCGUGUCCAGCUUACGGACCACGCCCCUUCGCUCCCUGGAGAAGUCCAUGGAGCGCACUCCGAAAUCAGCAAGGCGCAUUGUCCUUGGUCGCUCCUCGGAGGAGAUGCGUGAGUUGCCACCGCCACGUGCCUCACCCAGCUGCAGCAGCAGCGUAGAGCGGGAAGGGGAACGGGAAGGGGAACGAGAAGAGGAAGCCCGCGUCUGACGUUGUUAUUCUGUUAUCUGUUGUCUGUUAUUUUGUGCUCUUCAGUUAUUUGCAAUAGAAACUACGCCCAUCAUUUGGCUCGUAAUCAA